AAUAUUCGCAAGUCUCUAACUCGAACCAUCGUUGAAAAUUUUCAUUAAUGUAUCAAGAGCUUUCACAAGUGUGGGAAGCGAAACACUUGCGCUCCACCACACACUUGUUUAUAUACACGUGUGACCAGCUGGCAAUUUAAGAACCCAGAAUGUGACGAAAUGUAUAGACGCGAGUUUUACUGAGUCAAGGUAAUGGCAGCGAGGGCGGAGAGCAGCAUGCUGUGCAUUGCUCUGCCCAAAAUGUACAGUGUAUGCUUCUGAGCUCACAUAUGGACGGCGAAGGUACCCGCUGAUGCGUGAAAAAAAUCCUAUCGAAACAAGGCACCCAUCGUGAAAAGUCUGAGCUGCAGCACUCUACCUCGCCUGGAGCGGCCGGAGGUUGUGGACACGUCUCAAGGGGAUCGCCGUCUGCAACCUUAAAGUCCCAGGGGCCUUCAGGCGACAAGGAAAGUGGCCAUGGCGGCCUCUCUUGCUGUUGUCGCCACUGUCACCACGCUCGUACUUCUUGCCCCAAACUCAGGUUCUCCGGAGCAGCGUGGCGCGGCCCUCGCUCGAAACGUUGAGGGGUUUGACUUCAAUCAUCCUUCACCUGACACCAUCUUCUCCAAUGGAAAAAAUAAUAAUUUUCGCAGGGCGAUGGCCCAGUCACAAUUUGCAGCACUUCCUUCUCUUCGGCAAGUACUGACGCAUGUAAAGAGCGACAGGGAAAAGAAAAUACGAGAAAUGGAAAGAAGACAUAGACAAAGAGAUGCUUCUGCAUCUAAUUAUGAGGGAAAGGUGCAGCUCAAAAACGACCCCGAGCUCGGCUCAGGCCAACUCCCGUCCAGUGUGACCAGGCCGGUCCAACCUCCUUGGACCAAGCAACAGCUUCACCUGCAGUCCACUAACUUUACAAGGACGCCAGACUCACACCAUGUUGAGGAAGAAAUCACAGUUCAAGAUAAGGAAGAGCAAGACUCCCUCCAGCACCCCCAGGAUGAGGGGUCCCCAGCCACUAGUCAGAAGAAUAUCAAUCCUGAAAUUGUAGCAGUUGGUGGAAAAGAGGCGAAUGAAAAUCAUGACAAAAAAAUGCAUGAAAUGGAUGAGACAAGCAGCAACCUGAUCAAAAACAAAACAGCACAAAGAUUACAAACAAAAGAAUCUGAUCGACUCCCAACAAGAAGACUGAAAAAUGGCAGUAGGGUUUGUGAGACACCAGAAUGCCAUGAGGCAGCAACAAGGAUCAAACAAUCUUUGGAUCGCUCUGUCAGUCCUUGUGAUGACUUUUAUCAGUUUGCAUGUGGUGGAUGGAUCAACAACCACUCACUCCCAGAAUCUGGUUGGGCAAGUACUUACAUUGACGCUGAGAAACGUUUGAAUGACGCCCUCCUAAUGAUCCUAGAGAAACCUGCUGAACCAAGUGCUGCAGCGCCUCUCCAGGAAAUCCGUAGACUCUAUAACUCCUGCAUGGACCUAAACAAACUAGAUGAGAUUGGCUUGGACCCCCUUGUAAACUUGCUCUCUGACAUGGGUGGAUGGCCGAUGGUGGAGGAAGCCUGGGACCCUGACUUCUUCAAUCUCUCCACUGCCCUUAACAAUCUCCGCAACAUUCAUGUCUACCCACUCAUCCAUGUUUUUCUCAAUGUUGACCUUUUCAACACUUCUCAAUGGCUUAUCUUUGUUGGUACAGGUCAAGUGCCUAUUGGAGUGAACUAUAUGGCAUCGCUCAGCGACAAUGAACUGACACCUUAUCGCACUCUCAUGACCACGGCUGCAACAAUGCUGCGUAAUCACGUGGGCUCUAAUGUCACUGACCAGGACAUUGAUGAUCAGGUGCAUGGAGUCAUUGAAUUUGAAAGAAAAUUCUCCCAGAUUGUGAUGACAGCUGUGAAUGAGACUACUAACAAUGCCUGGCAAACCACUGUGGCAGAGCUGCAGGAGGACACAGAUGGAGGCACCCUGGGCCAGUUUAACUGGCUGGAUUUCCUGAAAGAAAUAUUUGCAGAGACAGAUGUUACAAUCAUAGAGGAUGAGCCCCUGACAACCUUCAAGGGACCAUUUUUCAAAGACCUCAGCAACAUGCUGGCCAUUACUCAUCCCAGGACUAUUGCCAAUGCUCUUGGGUGGUGGUGGGUGUACAACCUACAACAAGAGACCACUGAAGCCAUGCGGGAUGCCUCCUAUGACUACUUCCACGACUUUUAUGGCAUGUCUCGGCUACCAUCUCGACAGCCACACUGCUUAGAUAUAACCAAUUCAAGAUUAGGUUUUGCACUUUCUCGAGAAUAUGUGGAUAAGUUUGUUCCAGCCUCAGUAAAACCUGAGGUUACAGAGAUGGUGGGAGAUUUGCAUGGGGCCUUCUCUUCACUGCUAGACAAUAACACCUGGAUGCUGCCAGGAGACCUUAAGGUGGCUCAGGAGAAACUGGCAGCCAUGGACUCAUUUGUGGCCUAUCCAGAUUGGAUAAUGGAUGAUGAAAAACUGACAUUGGGGUAUGAGGGGUUGGAGUUGAGGGAUCAAGAACACAUGUAUAAUUUGGUACAUAUUGGACGCUGGUAUAACCUCAACUCCCUUGCCAUCCUCAGAGAUGUUCCUCAACACUCGUUUCUUUUUCCUUCAACCAUAGUGAAUGCUGUCUACAGUCCCGAUCAAAACAGCAUUUCAAUUCUGGGUGGCAUCCUUCAGCCACCUUUUUAUGCUCACAACUCCCUCACUGCCCUCAACUACGGAGGCGUUGGAAUGGUCAUCGGACAUGAGAUGACACAUGGCUUUGAUAGCAUAGGUACAGUGCAGGCUGGUAGUUCUUUUCUAACCUAUAUUUUAAAUAAUUACUAGAGUGAUUUAUGGAUCGGCACUUCUUGCUAUAAUUGUGAGCCUUGGUACCACUCUGAGGCAAGGCAGUUGAUGCACUGCCCAUCUUGUAUUAAUUUUGCCUUGUGGGUUGGUUAGCAUAGGUGAGCACAAAGGGUAACCUGGGGGGCAUGGGGUGCAAACUGUGAUAAGUAAGUUGCCACAAUUAGCAAUGUGUCCAGAGAUAUAUAAGGGGUUCUCAUCCAACAUAGUCUUAAAGGCCAAUGUAAAGAAGUGAACACUAAAGCAAUAAACACCUUAGCUAGUAUUACCAACAUCAAGUGAUCAUAGUUCAGCUUUUGAUACACAAGUGCAAAAAUAAAUUCAUAAUUAAGGGAUACCUUCCAAUAUCUUUUGUGAUAUUAAUCCUGGUGUGCAUGAGUUUUGGUAUGGAUGUAACAGCAAAGGGAGUGGAUCGUGGAGUGAUUGAAAGAGUGAAAUGCGAUACUUGGCGAUGUUUUGGAAAUGUAAUAAGAAUGAACGAGGAUGACUUUGUGAAAUUGGUGUAUGAGAGCAUGGCUGAGGGAGAUAAUAUCAGGGGGAGACCACCUGUAAAAAUUAACAAAAAGAGUGGAUGAGUAUUAGAGAAAAUAUUUGGCAGGCAAAAGAAAUUGAAAGGGGGAACAAAGACUUUUCUGCUGUGGACACCUCAACUGGUGGAAAGUUCUUGUGAGGGGACAAUGCAUUGGAAAUAUAAACAGAAUUCUGUAAUAGGAUAUAUGUACAUUAUGCAUCUAAAGAUAUUCCUCAUGAUACAGCUAGGCUGCCUGAGCACAUUUUUUGAGUUUCCAUGUACAUAAUGCAAUAGUUUUUUGCUAUAAAAUUUUUGUUGAUUUUUAUCAACUGUUAACCAGAACCUAGUUCAUACAGCUUUUACAUUCUAUAUUUUUAUAAGCUAGGCUUAUUGGGUCCAUAGGCAUAUGCUUUCUUCAAUUGCUGUAUUUUCUGUUAACAUAAGCUCUUGUCUAAAGGAAUAAACAUCCUCUGCUGCCUACCUUCUAAACUGAUGCAAUAUAUUUGGUGAUUUGAUGAUGAUAAGUGACAUUAUGGAUUACAUACAAUAAACAUUGUUUAUUAAAGAAACCCAAAUGUAGAUUCUCCAUAAAAUAUGUAAAUAAUUAACUUUUUUUACUAUUUCUGAUACAGGUUGUCUGUAUGACAAAUAUGGUGACUUAGGCCAUUGGUGGACUGAUGGAACCAUUGAAGCUUUCAACCAGCAUGCAUGGUGCUUUGUGAAUCAGUACGGCAGAUACAUACCUCCAGAACUUUCUCAAAUUGGCCUCAAA